ACCAUAAAAAUACCCUCCUGACUGUUCCUCUACAGAAAUCAUCAAUAGACGUGAGGAACAACGAGCAGAAGAUCCUGGAUCUCACUAACAAGAUCAUCGAGCUGCUGACUGGAGAGGUUCCUAUAAGGUGUCAGGAUGUGGCGGUCUAUUUCUCCAUGGAGGAGUGGGAGUAUGUAGAAGGACACAAGGAUCUGUACCAGGACAUUAUGGAGGACCCCCGGCCCCUCACAUCACAAGAUCUACACAAAGUUGGCGCCACUGUGCAAUCUUUAUUGACUCAUAUCAAAGAGGAGCCGGUAUCGUGUGAUGGAGGAAACAUGAAAGACCUCAGCACCCCGACCACCGCAGAUCUCUCACAAUAUCCAUCUCUUCAUACGAAAGAAACGUCAUCCUCCUGUGAAGGGUUAAACGUCAUGAACAACAACCACGUGUCCACCGAUCAGACUGGAGAUCCUUCAUCCCACGUAAAGGAGAAAACGUUCUCAUGUGAUGCAGAAAAUCCUACGGAACCUGAAGCGCCUUCACCCCAACGUACUACACAACAUGGUCCAUCGCCUUACAUCAAGGAGGAACCAGCCACUCAUGAUGGAGGAGACCCCUCAUAUACCCCUAUAGAUCAUAUUAAGGAGGAGCCAACCUCGUGUGACCCAAGAAACCACAAAGACUCAGAAAUGUUUCCGCCCACAGAUCCUUCAUUUCCUCUUAUUAAGGAGGAACCCUUCCACCGCACGGACUCCACCAUGUUUCCCCAUAAAUCCUUCAAUGAAUUGACGUUUCCCAAUGGACAUUUCAGUGAGGACUUCUAUACGCCCUUAGUAAACGCUUUCAACAAUGAUCCAUUCGGGACUGAAGAUCACUGGACGAUCAGUAAUCCACCGGCGGAUCUCAGUUUGUCGUUGCUGACAUACAGUAACCGCGUGAGUGACUCGAGCGCGACGAGAAACAAAUCGUACGUGUGCUUAGAAUGUGGGAAAUGUUUUUCCAAUAGUCCACAUCUCAGACGGCAUGAGAGGACGCACACGGGCGAGCGGCCAUUCGAGUGUUUAGAGUGCGGGAAGUUCUUCUCAAACAGCUCCAACCUUAUCAUGCAUCAGAGGACGCACACGGGGGAAAAACCAUUUGCUUGUAAGGAAUGCGGGAAACGCUUCGCUCGUAACCCGCAUCUAAUCCGACACCAGAGGAUCCAUACGGGGGAGAAACCUUUUGAGUGUUUGGAAUGUGGAAAGAAAUUCAAUCAAGAUUCCAAUCUCCUGAAGCACCUGCGGACUCACACCGGGGAGAAACCAUACGUCUGCCUGGACUGCGGCAAGUAUUUCACCAGUAAACCGCACCUUCUCCGACACCGGCGCAUCCACACGGGAGAGAAGCCAUAUUCAUGCGCAGAAUGUGGGAAAUCAUUCUCCUCUAGCUCCAAUCUCGCCACCCACAGGAGAACUCACUCGGGAGAGAAAAACGACUACGACAAGUGUUUCGGCAAAAGUUCCAUCUCCAACGAGAAGACUCGGCAAACCUCACCGUAUCCCGAAUGUGAGGCAUCGUACUAUAGCGAUCUGGUGUCCUACUCCGGAGAUCAGCGCGACGAUGAGGAGAACGUCCUGUUAAAUUUUCAGGAAUUUGCAGAAGAGACUAAUAGUUUUUUGGAUUAUGAGAUCGCCAGCGGUUGGGUUUAGGAGAACAUUAUUGUGUUCCGUUAAAGGGGUACUCCACCCCUAGACAUCUUAUCCCCCUAUGUCAGGUGCGGCACCCCAGACAUCCGGUGUGCCGGAUGACUGGCAAUGCGAGGUGGAGGCUUGUGACGUCACGGCCACGCCCCCUCAAUGCAAGUCUAUGG